GGCCAACCUGUCCGUUCUACGUUUCGAAUCCAGAACAACGAACUCUGGAACAAUAGCUGUCGGUUCUGUUGGAUUUGACGUCUUCACAAAAAAAAGCCAAACCGGACCAGCGAAAUCAUCCGCCGCUACGCCUCGUUUUGUUUUCCUUUCCGUUUUCAUCACCCGGCAGCCGGUUUUGCCGUCGAAAAUAACCGACCAAAUAGUUUUCCGCAAUCGACCCUAAUACCGCACACGGUAACGGUACAGCAAACGCUUACUGCGACGCGCUAGAAUGAUGUCCCGGACGGUACUUGUGGCGGCACUAUUAUGUGGCCUUGGCGUAUGCCUGGUACAGUCGCACCCCGGAUCGAAAUCGCAGGUUAUCGAACUGGACGAAUCAAACUGGGAUCGGAUGCUGACCGACGAGUGGCUGGUGGAAUUCUACGCUCCCUGGUGUCCGGCGUGCAAAAGUCUGGCCCCCAUCUGGGAUGACCUUUCGACGUGGUCGGACGAUUUGAACAUCAAAACUGCGAAGGUGGACGUGACGUCAUCGCCGGGGUUAAGUGGCCGAUUCUUCGUCACCGCGCUGCCAACGAUUUUCCACGUAAUAAAUGGUGAGUUCCGCCAGUACAAGGGACCGCGCGACAUGAACUCGUUCAUGUCGUUCGUCGAGGAGAAGAAGUGGGAAUCGUUGGAGCAGGUGUCGGCCUGGCGCAACCCGGACUCGAUCCAAAUGUCGCUGGUGUCGCUGUUCUUCAAGCUUUCACACUUCCUGAAAGUAAGUAGAACCCGCUGGCGGAAUCUAAACACGAUGCUUCUGAAGGAGUACGGACUGCCCGUCUGGGGAUCGUACACGCUGUUCGGUAUCGGCACGGUACUGCUCGGUGCGAUCUUCGGCCUGAUACUGGUGUGCAUCAUCGACUGUCUAUUCCCGCCCAAGUCCAGCCAGCGGCAAAGCUUCUCCGAGCACAAGCAGAAGGUCCGGGCCGAAAAGGUACCGGAAGAGUUGCGCGGGGACGAGCUGGUGGAUGAGGACGAGGAAAAGCGAACCGCCGACGUCGAGGGUGAGUAUGACGAUGAGGACGACAACGGUGAGGCGGAGGAAAAGGAAACGUCCGAGGGUGAGAAAUACUCCGGCAGCGACGAUUCGGACGACGAGAAACCGGCGGCAAAGGAGGACGCACCAGCGGAAGAGAAAAAGGAGGACAAGAAACCACAGCCGGCGGAACCGGUAGCGGACGAAAAGAAGGAAAAGACUACCACCACCAGUCCGGACGUGAGAAAACGCAAGCCAAGAAAGGCGGACUAAAGGCGGGAGCGGGGGGGGGGGGGGAGGUUUUUGAAGAUGGAAAAUCGUUUUUUUUCUGUUUGCUGGCUCGUUUGUCUGCGCUAAGGCAAACUAGACUAUUGCAACGUGUCUUUGUUGUUAGGGGGGGGGGGGUUGACAACCCUCCAGCCCCGAUUUGAUGUGGUUCAUUGACGAGUAUGUACAUGCAUAGCUUGAGCGAUAAAACUUUCAGGAUCUGGUCCUGCUCAAGAAGGGCCCUACGCCCGAACCCCCAUCGUCAGCAAACCCGCUGUGUCCAUGUAAGCGUGCGUUUUGCAUUUAUGCUUUCCAAUACUUGCUACAUUCGGUUGUUUUUUUCUCUCCUAUUCUAUACAAUUUUGCAACUGUACUUUCCCUGCUUCUUUUAACGAUUUUUUCGCUUAAUUGUAGUUUUGUUUUGUAAAUUUAAUAUAGUCGAUUCUACUUCUACAAACCACCUUUCGUGUGCACGUCCUGCUGCCCCGAUAGUGAUAAUCCUACGGAAGACUCAAGAACUCGAAACAUCUGCCGGCGAUUGCCCCUUCUACCAGUGCGCGAAAUCUCAAACCCAUCCGCUUCAUCCGUAAUCGCUGGAGAUCGCUAGCGUUUUGUACGAAAUCAUACUCAAAGAAGAACAUCCUUCUCCUCCUGCCCCCUUAAAUCACACAAAUCGUUCAAUGGAUCAAAUCAUGGUUUUCAAUUUUGAUACAUUAACCAUUUUAACACGAAGACUGUGAAUACGCGCAGCAGCCAAUCUUCUAGCUUUAGUGUUCGUUAUCCUUUGCUCUGCACGGAUUGAGCAUCGAGGAAACAAAAAAGGACCACGGUCGAAAGGAAGGGGGAGGGGGGGGGGGGGUCAAAAAGCGCACGAAAGAAAUGUAACUGACAUUCAUCACGAGAGUUUUGUUUGUUUUGCGAAAUAAAGUCACGGUUUGCUAGUGAUAAGUGGAACCAAAACAGUGUAA